AUGACGCUCGGGGAGCUGUCCGAGUCGGACGACGACGCGCCCGUGGACGCCGCGGCGGCGGCCAAGGCUGCGAAGAAGAUCGCGAAGGCGGCGAAGAAGGCGGCCGCGAAGAAAGCGGCGGCGGCGGUCCCGACGAUCGGAUCUCAGACGAUACAUCUUCCUCGCGCGCUGUCGUCGCCGACGAAGCCGCGCCCGCCGGCGGACGUGGACGACAAGGCGUUCGGGUUCCUCUCCGCGACGUCGACCGCCGCGGAGAAGGCGCGGCUCGCGAUCGCGAGGGCGGGACGCGCGUCCGCGUCCGCGUCGGGGAAGGGCGCGGGCGCCAUCAAGAAGGGCGCGCGAACGGCGUCGUCCGCGGGCGCAGGCGGGACGAGCACCAUCGCGCGCCUGGUGGAGGAGAAGCGCGCGGAGGAGGCGCGGAAGCGAAAGCUCGCGACGCAGACGAAGAAACUCGACGCGCAGGUCGCGGAGGAGUGCGCGAACAGGGACCGCGAGCGCGCGAUGGCGAUGGCGUCGCUCGUGGCGGACCGCGAGGUGCGCGCGAUGCACGCGGUGACGGACCGCGUGCGAGAGAUGGAACGCGACGCGAACGAGCAGCUCGAGGACGGGGAGAGCGGCGGGAUCGACGAGACGCCGUACCCGUCGGAAGUCGUCCGCGCGCUGAGCGACGACGCGUUCGUUCUUAGCGCGGACGACGACGACGUCGGGGAAGAAGAGGACGACGCGUAUUACGCGGGCGAGGACGGCGACGACGACGUCCCGAGCGAUCUGCGACAGUUCGCGGACGCCGCCGAGGCGGGCGCGGCGUCGAGGGGCGACCUGCGCGAAGCCGCGAACGAAACAGCUCGAAAGGAAGCGUUACGCGAGGUACUCACCGGCGGGUGGCUCGCCCGCGCCUUCAUCUCGCGGACGGACGCCGCCCCCGCCGCCGCGACGACGACGACGACGACGACGGAAGGAGAGACGGAGACGGCGGCGGCGUGCGCGGCGGACACGGCGCGGUGGCUCUGGGCGGCGGCGACGGACGUCGCCGCGUCGCGCGCCAUCGUCCUCGGCGCGCGAGACGCGCUCCUCGCCGCGUCCGGUCACGAGCCGCUGUACUCCUCGACGUGCGGCGUCGCGCGGAGACGGCGUGGGGUUGGGGUGUUACGUCCCGCGCCGAGAGUGUCCUGGGCGCCGACCGCGAAGGAGGUGUUACGCGCGUUGGCGGCGAACGGCGUCGUCGCCGCCGCCGCCAAAAGUAACGGCGGCGCGAAGAAGAAGAGCGCCGGGAGAGGAUCGAAACGCGGCGGCGACGGGAACGGGAACGCGAAAGCCGCCGCGGCCGCGUCGGAGAACAGCGGUCGCGCGGCGUUUCCGCUCUCCGGGCGCGGCGUCGAGGACCAGAGGGAAGUCGUCGCGCUCACGACGCCCGCGCCCGGCGCGUUGCGACCGCAAAUUUUCGCCGUCGUCCAGCUGACGACGGCGUGGUGCGACGUCGCGCCGGACGACGGCGGGUGCGCGACCGACGCCGACGCCGCGUCGGACCUCCUCGCCGUCCUCGCGUCGCUUCACCGCGACCCGCGCGCGGGGGCGUGCUACGCCGCGAUCGACGCCGCGUCGACCGCGCUCGUGUCCGCGUUUAGCGGCGGAGUACGCGCGGGGGAUUCGCUGUGUUUGGGGUCGGCCAAGGCGCGCGCGCGGGAAAACGCGAGGGCGACGCGUUGGCGCGAAUUCGCCGACGCCGCGGCGCCGAAACUCGCGAGGACGGGGCCGACGCACGCGUCUCGACUCGCCGCGAUCAGGUGGCUGCCGUGGCGGACGCGGCGCGAGCAAGAGCUGCAGGACGUCGCGGCGUUGCACGCGCUCGAGGACGUCGUGCCGCACGUGCUCCGCGAAGCCGGCGGCGGCGGCGCGGCGGCGGCGUCUUCCGACGACGACGACGACUCCGGGGAUGAGAUCGCGGUCGCGGCCGCGAACCCGCCCGCGAAGCGCGCGAAAACGGCCGGCGGGGACCGCGAGCUAAACCUCGGGGAGCUUCAGGCUGCCGCGGUGAGGGUUUUGUCGCCCGUCGUCGUCGGCGCGGAGACGUCGGCGGACGCGGCGUGGGCGCUGUGGACCGCGAUUCAUCUGUGCGACACCGCGCUGCACUCCGGCGCCGCGUCCGGCGGCGGCGCGGGGGGCGGCGCGCCGCACACGCCCGGGAAACAGGCUGCGGAGGCGUCGUCCCUGAGCGAAGCCGUCGUGCGCUUCAUGGGGUUUUUGAAGACGACGAAGGCGUCGAUACCGCGGGGGAAUAAAACCGCGCUCGCGGCGGCGAAGAACCUCGCCGUCGCCGUCAUGACGCGGCACCAACGCGCGCAGCAGUUGAGGGAGACGAAGCACGAGCUCGCGAGAGAGGACGAGGACGACGAGGACGACGAGGGGGAGGAGGAGGAGGAGGAGGCGUUGACGCAGGUUCCGAGGCUGACGCAGGCGGAGAACACCUCGAGCAGCUCGGAACUGUGA